CCUUUUCAGAGUUGUAAUGAAGUGAUGAGGUGAACAGCUGUUUCAUUGUGUCUCUUUCAAUAGUUGUAGAGUAGAAUAGUAAAAUGACGGACCCAAAUAAUUCAUUCAAACGUUCAGUGUCAAAUCAAUUAUUUAAUGCUUCGGUAAUCGGUGCGACGAUAGAUGAUUUUUCUAAAAAUGCUUUAUUAUUUCCUGUUCAGGACCCAAGUCCCAUCACCAACGUUAAUCCGAAUGCGGAGGCUCAAAAUCCAAUUGACCACCAACAGUAUCAGACAACUCCAAUUUUCAACCAAAUUCCUCCGCCUUCCACAGCAGGCGUUCCCGCAACGCUGGUGUCUAAUGACCAAAUCGUCGGUCCUCCUCCAACAGGUCAGUCAAGUAAUUUAUACAGACGUUCUACAACAAAGAAAGUGGCAUACGCCCAAAUUCCGGGUUUGGUCAGUUCCCAACAACAGUCAUACAUUUCCGAUCAAACCCUUCCAUUACAACCGCCUCAAAACAUCGAACAAAGUCCGUCUUUGAUUAACUACUUUCAAACGGUACCUAAAGUGCCUGAAAAUUUAAGUACGCCGUCCGGUCCUUUAAUCUCGGAAACCGCAAGUGCGACUUUACCUGAACUCAAUACUCAUCCUUUUUUGCCAACUUUAGGCGCGCAGUUGAUGCCCACGAUCUCUACUGAUCUAGGUGGACAGUACGGACAGAGUUUAAGCAAUUUUUCGGCGACAACGUCCUUUUACGGUAAUGAUAUUCCCUCCAGUCAGAAUACCACGGGAAUGACUCCCCAAAUAUACAGACCAGUUUACCACCAUUGGUUUUACAAACACACAGUGUCGGGUGAAUCCACAUGGACGCCCUUUUCAAUGCCAGAUUCUCUUGCAUUAGAGGAGGCUUUUACUUCCACCGAUCUCUCUCCGGAAACAAUCGUUGCAACUGAUGGAAACCGAUACGACGUAAAUGUACUCAGAAGGGAAAGGUAUGCUGUAUAUUGGGAAGCGGCACCGUCCGAGGUUAGGCGGUGCUCUUGGUUCAGUAAAACAAACAUUGACUCUAAAUUUAUUCCAUAUGAAGAGAAUGUGGCGGCGUUAUUGGAAGAGGAAUAUCGUAUAGCGUUUGAAAGAAAUGAAUGGAAUAGAUUUGUAACAAUACCUAACUCCGAAACAGUUUUAUUUCAAGGGCCUGACACAUUAGUACGACUUCCUCCUAGCCCUGUCACUGAUAACUGGGGCAGUACGUCAUCGUCACCUGCUCAUUAUGGUGUACUGAAGAGGACCAUGGAUGAAUUUGACAUUGACGAGGGAGAACCAGCCGAAAUUGACCAUUUGUUUUUCGUGGUACACGGUAUUGGACCAUGGUGUGAUUUUAAAUUUCGGUCGGUACAGGAAGUAGUUGACGAUUUUAGAAGUAUUGCUUUAAAACUGAUGUCAUCUCAUUUUCAUUCCUCGAGGGCUUGCAAUAGAGUUGAAAUACUACCCAUCAGUUGGCACGAAAGUGUGCACUCAGAGGAAACGGGGGUAGACCAAUUACUAAGAAACAUUACGCUUGAAAGUAUACCUCGUCUAAGAGAUUUUACCAAUAAUACUUUAUUAGAUAUACUGUUCUACACAACCCAUAUAUAUUCACAGGCGAUCAUCACUUCAGUUUCCACAGAUUUAAAUAGGCUUUACCACCUUUUUCAAUUAAGAAAUCCCACAUUCAAGGGAGACGUUUCUCUAAUCGGUCACAGUUUAGGAUCAUUAAUCCUAUUUGACAUUCUAAGUCAUGAAAUAGCUCAUAGUGAAGAUGACAUGACCCCACAAGUAGUAGAACGAAUACUCGACGAAGAAGAGGAAGAUUUGGUACCGGAACUAAAACCAAUGAAUAAGAAGACGCUUAGUAGGCGAAUUAGCAAUAUGCUUUUGGAAGCAGGUGCACAACCAGCGAAACUAAUUUACCCACACUUAAACUUCCAUCCCAGUGCCUUAUAUGCGCUAGGCUCACCUAUAGGAGUGUUUAUGACAGUCAGAGGACUUGAUACAUUUGGACCUGACUUUGCGCUUCCAACAUGCAGUUACUUCUACAAUGUCUUCCAUCCUUACGAUCCGGUCGCCUACAGAAUAGAACCCUUGAUAAAUCAAGAGUUAACUAGUCUAAAACCGGCCACAGUUCCACAUCAUAUGGGCAGAAAGCGGAUGCAUUUGGAAAUACGAGAGACGUUUCAGAAGAUGGGCGCCAAUAUUAAGGAACGGGUUGUGGGAUCUGUUGUAAGUGCGUUUAGACGAUUUUAUCCUGGAAUCAUAGAAGGUUCCAUGGAGGCUACAGAAGAGGAAGUUGUGAACAGUUCGGCUCCUGAGAGUGGCAGAGAAUCUGGUACCUCCACACCGGGGAAGGAAGAUCCAAAUCUAAGUUUUGGCAUUUUAAAUGCUGGUAACCGCAUAGACUAUGCUCUGCAAGAAUCGCCUUUGGAAGUUAUUAAUGAAUAUAUUUUUGCUGUUGGGAGUCACCUUUGUUAUUGGAACUCUGAGGAUACUGUUCUAUUUAUAUUGACCAAAACGUACGAAGGUAUGGGUAUUAGUCCCUCCAGUCCGUCGCAAGAGUGAUUAAUUAAAAGGAUAGAAUCAAGUUCGCAAGAGUGAUUAAUUAAAAGGAUAGAAUCAAGUUCGCAGUAACGAAAGGGUACAUUCCAAAGAGGUUUUAACAAUUAAUUUUUAAAAAACCGCUGGGUUCUUUAGAAUUAAGUAUACGAAAGUAUGAUGUAAAUUAUGUGGUUUGUUUGUUAUGACAUUAAAUCAAUUUUAUUAUUUUGUUGAGAA